AUGAAUAUAGCUGUGGUUGAUACUGAUCAUGAGGAUAGUGGUGAGUUUUUUUUGGAGGGAAAAUUUGAAAAAAUCGAAAUUUUGUUACAAGUUUCGAUAACUCUGAAACCUGGAAAUUUUUAAUCAAAAUCUAGAAAAUUCGCAGAUUCUCCUCAUUUGAAAAAUUAUGAAAUUCAAAGAAAAAAAAUAAUUUCGACUGAAAAAUUUGAAUAAAAUUUUUAUUAGGCAUUUUGCAUUGUUUUUUUGUUUUAAACAUUUAAAAAUAAAUUCCAAGUGUAGAGAAUUUUGAAAUUACAUUAUUUAAAUUUUUGAAAUAUCAAUGAGACGUUGACAUGUUUUCUUCCAAAUUUCAAAAAACUAAUUUGCAGAUGAUGGCCAAAAUUACAAUCAUCAAGAAGAACAAGGAUUCAAUGCGGCUUAUGAAUCGAAAGAAGUUCUUGGUCGAGGAAUUGCGUCAACAGUUCGAAGAUGUAUUGAAAAAGGAAGUGGAGUUCAUUUUGCUGUGAAAAUUGUUGAUAUUUCGACUGAAAAACAAAGUGAAGUGAGUUUUACGCGGAAAUUUAUGUUCAAAAAACUUCUUUCUAGGCUGAAGCCAAAAGGUUACAUAGUGAAACAAUAUCGGAAGUGGAAAUUCUUCGUCAAUUAUCCGGACAUCCUUCUAUCAUCAAAAUCCAUGAUUUCUAUCAAACUCCAUCGUUUCUUUUUGCUGUUUUCGAAAUGGCGCCACGUGGCGAAUUAUUCGAUCAAUUGAAUAAUACGGUAACUGUUUCGGAAAAGAAAGCGAGACGAUUAAUGAAACAAUUGUUUGAUGGAGUCGAAUAUAUGCAUGAUCGAAAUAUUGUGCAUCGAGAUUUGAAAUUGGAAAAUAUUCUAUGUAUUGAUGAGGAGAGAAUUGUUAUUUCGGAUUUUGGAUUUGCGACGAGAUUGGAACGAGGGCAAAAGCUAAGAGGUAAGGGUUUUGGGGCUUUUUUUUUAAUUCUGAAAAUUAAUUUCAAAUUUGAUGAAAAAUAUCAAAAUAUAUAUUGCUUCGCUUAAAAAUAAUAUGUAGGGUUAAAUUCUACAAAUUUGAGAUGUCCUUGGAUCAAAAAUUGACUCAAUGAAAUUUUUAUUAUAUAAAAAUUGAAACAGUUAAUUUUUUUUUUCAAAAAAAAAGUAAUAAUUUAAUUUUCAAGUCUGAACCAAAUGUCUAGCAUUGAAAGCAGGAUAAUAUUAAAACCAAAAAUUAGAGAAUUGAACUUUUAAAAAAAUUUUCUGAUAGUUCUCGGUUUUUUUUGAAUCUCAAGAAUUUUAUGAUUUUUUUUUCACUUUUCACCACUUGAACCAUCAAAUUGCAAUUUUCGGAAAAAUUAUAUACGAAAAAAUUGAAACAGUAAAUUUUUUGAGAAAAAUAUUUUUUUUUGAAAAUUUAUGUCUGAACCAAAUUUCCAGCAUUACAAAGAAAAAAUAUUGAAACCAGAAAUUCGAAAAUUAAAUUAUUAAAAGAAUUUUCUUAUAGUUCUCGAUUUUUUUGAAGCUCAAGAAUUUUAUGAAUUUCUUUCUACCACCUGAACCAUCAAAUUUGAUUUUUCGAAAAAAUUGAAACAGUAAAUUUUUUGAGAAAUUUUUUUCAACUUUUUUCACUCUGAAAACAGAAAUAUAAUUUCAGAUCUUUGUGGAACACCAGGCUAUUUGGCUCCAGAAACCAUCAAAUGUCAAAUGUAUGACAAAGCCGAAGGAUAUUCAUUUGAAGUCGAUUUGUGGGCACUUGGUGUUAUUAUGUAUACACUUUUAGCUGGAUAUGCACCAUUUUAUCAUAGAAAGUUAGUUUUGGUUUUUAAUCAAUUAAUUAAUUAAUAUAAUAACUCAUUUUCACAGACAACUUAUGAUGUUGCGAAUAAUUCAACAAGGAAAAUAUGAGUUUCGAAGUGAACAAUGGGAAAACAUCACAACUGAGGCCAAGAAUUUGAUUUCGAAUUUGUUGGUGGUUGAAGCGACGAAACGGUUUACAGCAAAACAGUGUUUGCAACAUGAAUGGAUGAAUCCGGCACAAAUUCCGAUUGUUGAAGUUGUUACUGUCAAAGAUGAUAAGGCCAAGAAACGAUUCAAACAGGUGAGAGUUUUUUUUGUUAGUGGAAUCAGAUUGGCUGAAAAUUAAUUAUUUGAAAGUCUUAUUUUUUCCACCUAUUUUAAUUUUCAGGCCAUCAUUUGGGUUCGAUUUUUCAUCCGUUUGGCGAAAUAUAAAUAUUUGAAGACUGUUGUUGAUCGAGAUGUUUUGAGAAAACGACCAUUUAGAGAUAGAGAUGUAAGUUUGUUUCUGGGUAUAAAUUCUAAAAAUUCUUUUUAUCUAAAAAAAUAUUGAAAUUUCAAAAAUCUUACUAUUAUUUUCACAUAUGGAAAGUCUACACCUAAAAUUUUUAGUUCAAGAUUUUUUUUCAAAAAUUUCUGAGACAUCUGAAAAAAUAUCUGAAAACCGAAAUUUUCGAUAGGAUGUCAGCUUCUCUCCGAAAUUUUUAGGAUUUUUGAAAGAAUCGAUAUUUUACACAACCUUUUCAAGCAAUUUCACAUUUUAAAUAACACUUAAUUUUCUGCUAAGAAUCUUGUUGAUCUGAACUUUUAGGUCCAUAAUUUAGAGCGUUAAAAAAUCCCUAUACUUUUUUUUAGAUCCGCCACGAAGCCGAAGCCUCGAUGUUCAGUGUCUACGGUCAUUGGGUAAAUCGUGGUUUCUACUAUUCUCGCGACAUGCUUUUCGCCAAUAAACCACGCCCAAAAAUGGCGAAAUUCGAUGCAAAAUCGCCAACCACAUCAUCGUCCCUAAAAGUUCCACAAUCCUAA